CGCAGGGCGGACUUCUCGGCUACCAGCUGACCCAACACUUCCUCCACCGAACUCCGUCCAACAGAAAAAGGGACGCACUCAGUGGAAUAUCCCACAGGAAUCCCUUUUCUUUCCCUUUCCGUGCGUUUCUCUCGGGGCAUGUCGAUCGGCAUGGAGUGCGGGGAUGCCUCGAAGCACAGCCGGCGUUUCUGCGUGUUGUCCUGGGAUCAGGUGCAGCGUUUGGAUUCCAUCCUGGGGGAGGCGGUGCCCAUCCACGGCCGGGGAAACUUCCCCACGCUGUCCAUGAGACCCCGACAGAUUGUUCAGGUGGUACGGGCGCGGCUGGAGGACAAGGGGGUGCGCGUUAAAGACGUGAGGCUGAACGGCUCGGCCGCCAGCCACGUGCUCCACCAGGACACCGGGCUGGGCUACAAGGACCUGGACCUGAUCUUCGGAGUGGCGCUGAAGGAUGACCAGGCGUUCCGACUGGUGAAGGAUGUGGUGUUGGACUGCCUCUUUGACUUCCUUCCCCCUGGAGUCUCCAGGGAGCGCAUCACGGCGCUGACCCUCAAGGAGGCCUACGUGCAGAAACUGGUGAAAGUCUGUAAUGACACGGACCGCUGGAGCCUCAUCUCGCUGUCCAACAACACGGGCAAGAACGUGGAGCUAAAAUUUGUGGACUCUUUGAGGCGGCAGUUUGAGUUCAGCGUGGACUCCUUCCAGAUUUGCCUCGACUCUCUGCUCCUGUUCGACCGCUGCUCCGAGACGCCCAUGUCGGAGAGCUUUCACCCCACGGUGGUCGGCGAGAGCGUGUACGGCGACUUCCAGGAGGCCAUGGAUCAUUUGCGUCAGAGGACCAUAGCCACGCGAAGCCCCGAAGAGAUCCGAGGGGGCGGCUUGUUGAAGUACUGCCACUUGCUCGUACGGGGCUUCCGAGCAGCCUCCGAGUCCGACAUGAAGCAGAUGCAGCGCUACAUGUGCUCGCGCUUCUUUAUUGACUUCUCCGACAUUGGCGAGCAGCAGCGAAAACUGGAGGCUUACCUCCAAAACCACUUCGCCGGCAUGGAGCACAAACGCUACGAGUGCCUGCUGACGCUGUACCAGGUGGUGAACGAGAGCACCGUGUGUCUGAUGGGUCACGAGCGGCGCCAGACGCUCAGCCUCAUCUCCAUGCUGGCGCUGAAGGUGCUGGCCGAGCAGAACGCCAUCCCCACGGUGACCAACGUCACGUGUUACUACCAGCCCGCGCCCUACGUCCAGGACAUUAACUUCAGCAAUUACUACAUCGCACACGUGCAGGCGCCGCACAUGUCGCCGUGCACCGCUUCCUAUCAGACGUGGCUGCCGUGUAGCUGAGGCCAAUGCGCCCAAAGAUGGAUUGCUUUUUGUAUCUUUUCGCAGAAAGAGGACUGAACACAGACAAAAAAAAAAACACGUUUGCCAAAUGUGAUUCGAUUUAAAACGAACACACAAAACAAUCCUGUUCUGCUGUACGUACGAUUGAGCCGACACAACAUCCAUGAGAUUGCUGGUCAUUUUUUAAGCUGUAGCGAUAAUGUCUUAUUUAAAGUAAAAUAAAAAAAAAAACAAAUUCAUAAUAAUAAAGAAGUCUUUAUGAAGCUUUUUAUAGAAAUACAAUCUUUAGGUGACAAUUGUUAAAGCUGAUGAUAUUGUCGCACUUUGGCUUUGAAUUUCUGUAAAAUACUGGACCAAAGAUGUAUUUUCUCAGAAAGGGAAUUAUUUUUUGUUUGAUUUGUAAUUCCAAGUGCCUAAAAUGACCUGUGAAAUAUUCUCGAGAAUGUUUGUAACGUGAGAACUGUGCAUUCAGGGUUUUUUUUUUUUUUUUGGCGUGUGUCUAGAAUACUCCGUCUGUCUUUAAGGAGCAGAAGCAUUCAUUUUUGUGAGAUUAAAAAAAGGAAAAGUCA